GCCGGUAAAGAGCUGCCAAAACAGGCAGGAGUCAGGACAUAACUCUGAAGACAGAGGAUGCUGCGGCCACUGCUGACAGAGACGCCGAGGAAGUAGAUUUAUUUGACAAAUAGCUCAGCAUUAGCACGAGAAAUAUUGGGAAAUAGCUUUCGAUAUUUUAACAUUUAAGUGUUUUAACUUCUACUCUGUCGAGUCAAGAAAAAUACCAAAUGACAGAAUCCACAUGACAAACAGAUAAAAGACGCAAGAAGUCCGCGAGAUCCACGAGUGUGCUUCCCAUCCAGCGCUCAGCUCUGCCGGAGGCCUCCUGUAGCCAUGAAGGUCCCCAGCGUCCCUCGUUGUCUGGGCCCAAAUGUUUACCGCCAGGUGCCAGAGGGCGGCUGGGGCUGGGCCGUGGCCGUGGCCUUCUUCAUGGUGGAGGUCAACACGUACGGCAUCCUCAAGACCCUCGGAGUGUUCCUGCAGGAUCUCAUGGAGGAGUUUAAGGAGAGCAACAGCCGUGUCUCCUGGGUCAUCUCCAUCUCUGUGUUCAUCUUUGCCUUCACAGCCCCUCUGGCAUCGUUGCUUAGCAACCGCUUCGGCUACCGUCCUGUCGUCAUGAUGGGAGGCUUCCUCAUGAGCCUGGGAAUGAUCUCCUCUGCCUUCACCACCAGCAUCAAUGAGAUGUACAUCACUAUUGGCAUCAUCUCAGGCUUGGGCUUCAGCCUCUCCUUCCUCCCCACGGUCACCAUCCUGGCCCAGUACUUUUCCAGGCGGAGGGCCCUCGUCACCUCCAUCGCUUCCUCUGGAGAGUCUUUCGCCAUAUUUGCAUUUGCACCUGCCUUCACCAGACUGAAGGAGGACAUCGGCUGGCGCUACUGCCUGGUUGUCCUCGGCGUCAUGCAGGCAUCUGUAGUCGUCUUUGGCGUCCUCCUCCGUCCAAUCAGCAUCGAGUCAGAGCCCACGAAGGAGGACAGCGACUCAAAGUCAGACUCCCUGUCCCUGAAGCAGAUGCAGAGUGUCUUUGAGCUGGAGAACGAGAAAACACAAACCUCUCUCAGCUCCGCCAUGUCCCAGGGUUCUGGGGACUCCGGUGUGACGUCCCUCUCAGCGUCAGACGAAGACCUGAGGAACGCUCCGGCUGAGGACCAGGCUCUGAUGGAGUGGGGGACGCAGGACAAAGAGAUGCUGGAGAAGUCGCCCCCUGACUCAGCCCAGCAGCAGCCUGACGCAGAGCGGUCAGAGGGAGAGGCCGGUCCUCUCCAGCCCUCCACCCCUAAGCUCCUGGACUUCUCCAUGCUCAGAGACAGGGCCUUCAUAUGCUACUCGCUCUUCGGCCUGUUUGCCACCCUGGGCUUCUUUGCCCCACAGCUUUACAUCAUCGAACUGAGCAAGAGCCGGGGCGUAGAGCCCGCCAUGGCCUCCUACAUGCUGUCAGUCAUGGCUGUGGCCGAUAUCUUUGGCCGCUUCUUCAUCGGUGUAGUCCUAAACAGGGUUCGCUGUAAGAAGACCCACGUGCUGCUGGGCUGUGUGGUUCUCCUGUCCCUGGUUCUGGUGGCCUUCACCGUGGUGUGGGAGUUCUGGGGCCUGGUGGUCUGCUGUGCUCUCUACGGCUUCUUCAUGGGAACAGUCGGCUCCACGCACAUCCCCCUGCUGGCAGAGGAGGAAGUGGUUGGGAUCCAGAAGAUGCCGUCCUGCGUUGGAGUCUACGUCUUCAUCCAGAGCUUUGCUGGGCUGGCCGGACCACCACUAGGAGGUGUGCUGGUGGACGUCACUCAGAACUAUGGCGCAGCUUUUUACUCCUGUGCAGCAGGGAUGGUGCUCAGCGCCGUCUGCCUGGCUCUGGUGGGCGUGGCCAAGUCCGGGGCGUGCCAAAGAGUGAGCAGAAAGCAGGAGAGGAGCCAGAACGCCGAAGAAGAGGAGAAGAUGUCUCAGGACAGUACCCCACUGGACUUUCUGGAGAUUGACCUGUCUGAGAACGGUUCAGUCAAACAGGCCGAGGACAACAGCUCAGGUAUUUGAGCCGGACCACCGCAGGACUUUACCUCCCGUCAGCCAACACAGCAGAGCUCAGAGUUCUGUGGCUUCAGCUGCUGCUGACCAAACCUCAGGUGCUGCUCCCUCACUUCUUCACAGGAAGACCAAAGACACAGCAGCUGGACGCACACCGCCACAUCUGUCUGCUGCUUCUGGCCCAAACAAGCUGUCACCAGGCUGGUUCUGUGGUCCCCAGCCUUUCACAGUCAUCCCUGUUGUCAGGCUGACAGUAUUAAGGCUGCCUGGAGGCUUUUUGUUAGAAAGCAACAGCUGAUAUUUAAGGCAACUUGCUUAUUGAAUUGUUUGCCAGACCAAUGACAGAUGGGUAAGCGAUGCUUCACGGCACGCUCUCUGUCCGGUUCUGCCAGCCGGUAGGUCACUUUUUUAUUCCUAAACAAAGAAAUUAAUCCAUUUCAUAAGAGAAAUGGAACAUGUUCCUAACUGCAGAACUGCUGAUUCAGCAUUCCAAUGUUUGUUUUACCCACUGGAUAAAACAGUGAGAGCAGUUAGUCUAAAGCAGAGCUGAAGAAAAGCCCGGAGCUGGACACAACCGGGACCUGCUUUGUUCCUCAUAUAAAACCCACCGGGUCGCAAUAAUGUAACAAACAUUCUGCUGCUUAAGACACACAAGCUCUGCAGAUUGUCCAGAACAGCCGAUAGAUACCACAAAGAUCAUUCUUACAAAUAUUGGUCCAGAUUGUAAGGAGCAAUACGGCAGCAGUGUUCAGUGAUUCUUCAGAGGGGGCUCAGUCUGAGCGUGGAGGUACCGAGCUCAGCCCAAUCAGUGAAUCUUGAAUUCUGCGCUGCUUUGGUAAAAGAACUGUUCUUUUAUCGCUUCACGAUCCUGUCGCUGUACUGUAGAACUCCACUUGAUGCCAGUCAGACUGAAAAGCAAUGAUCAUGCAGAAGAUAGCUUAGUCUUUCUUACGUUUUGUGUAUUAUGUUUGUUUUUACCUGGUGACUUUGGUUAUAGAACGACACACAGCUCAAAGUGUGGAUCUCAUGUAUACAAAGCUGUAAAUAAUGUAUCUGAAGCACCUUCUCUGAGUCUGUUCUGCAGCCUCACAUCCUCUCUGCAUCCUCGACAACUUGAAGUUUAGCUCAGAAAAAUGUUUCCUCGUCGACAUUAUUUAAAAUGUUUAUUUAAUGUCUUUUUUUAUUCUGUCAACUUUUGAAGUGCCAGGCAGGUGACUUCGUGUUAAGUGCUGUACCAUUGUCCUUUUUAAAUAAAAUCUCUACAACAGUGGC